AUGGUUGCUCAAGUUCAAAAAGUUGCUCCAGCUUUCAAGAAGACCGCUGUCAUUGACGGUGUCUUUGAAGAAGUCUCCUUAGAACAAUACAAAGGUAAAUAUGUCGUUUUAGCUUUUGUUCCAAUGGCCUUCACUUUUGUUUGUCCAACUGAAAUUAUUGCAUUUUCAAAGGCCGCUAAAAGAUUUAGAGAUAUUGGUGCGGAAGUUUUAUUUGCUUCUACUGAUUCUGAAUUUACUCUGUUAGCAUGGACCAAUUUAGAUCAAGCUAAUGGUGGUUUAGGACCAAUCGAUAUUCCAUUAAUUGCGGACACUAAUCACACCCUUUCUAGAGACUACGGUGUUUUGAUUGAAGAAGAAGGUGUCGCUUUGAGGGGAUUAUUUGUAAUUGAUGGUAAGGGUGUUGUCAGACAUAUCACAAUAAAUGAUUUGCCAGUUGGUAGAAAUGUCGAAGAAGCCUUAAGAAUUGUUGAAGGUUUCCAAUGGGUUGAUAAGAAUGGUACAGUUUUACCAUGUAACUGGACUCCAGGUUCCGCUACUAUCAAGCCAACAGUUGAGGAUUCCAAGGAAUAUUUUAAGAAAACAGCCAAUGAAAAAAAUUGA